UGCGUUCUCUCUCCGCAGCCGGUAAGCUUACAUAAGCACUUAGCACAGUUCGACGAUAUUUUCUUAAUCAGCACCACGCCAAGCAAUGUCUACUACGAGUAUACCCAGGCCCAGUCAGGGUAAGUACAAUAAUGUGGAGCGUUCUGUUCUGCUUAGAAGUGCUCCACAUACGAUCGAUUCGAUUUUGGAGGGGUGUGUUGAGUGUUGGUUUCGCAGAGACAACAAACGCCACACAUAUUAUCAAAAGAAAAUUUCAGGCAAAAAUCGCUUAGUAUUUGUAAGAACAUUCUGCUCUCGAUGUCGCUGCUGUCGCUGACGCUCAACGCUGACGCUGGGGCUGGGUUGGCUUCGGCUGGCAGAGGCAGUUAUGUUUUGAUGGUAGAGAUUUGAUAUAUUUUUUCUGUCCAGUCGUAGUCGUAUAACGAUCGUGUAAAAGCUCACUUCCGAAGUGGUCACCGUGAGCGUUCCCUUAUACCCUGGACUUUAUCUAACACGGUGCACACAAUUUUCUUAAGUUCAUUUGUUUUGUAAGAAAUGAGCUUGACUACUUGUUCGAAAACAAACAAACUAACUGAAUGUCUGCGCAUAUUUGCGUCCCGCCGCGUUUUGAUGCUUAAAUUUUGUUCUCACAAAAACAAACCUCAGUUAUCUAUAGUCUCGGUUAAAAAUAUCAAGCAAAGGAAAUACUCGUAAUUAUCAUCGAAAUUGUUUUUAUUUCCCAUCAUAAAUAUCACAAAUGCAAAAAGGAUAAAUUAUCAAUUUUAAUUUAAAUAACUCAAGAAAUAUGGAUACAAAAAUACACUCAAAAAGCUGGUGAUCGAUGAGAGAAUAAUGUACCUAUUAAUUAAUUGAUUCGAUAAGGAUCUUUAUAUGUUGUGUUUUUCUGUUUUUGGGGACGCCAAGUUGUGCAUACAAAUAUAUCGUUUAAGAGGUUUUUUAUCCGAUAUGAUAAGAAAGUUUGUAAGAAGUUGUUAAUCAAGUAGAUAUCGGUGAAAACUGAUCAUUCAAAGUGUGAAACACUAAACAAACAUGCUUAAUGUCUAAGUGUUUUUUUUUUAUUUCGAAGUAUAAGAAGUUAAAUUUAUACCGAGUAUUAAAAAAUGAUGUCGCCAAAAAGAUGGAUCCUUCUGCUGAUAUUUUAUAUAACAUAUUUAAUGUUAGGUGCAGUUUUUUACUACCACAUUGAACACAAUCUAGAAAAAGAAAGACGCGCAACCCAAUUGUUGGAAAGAAUAGAGAUCAACGAGUACCUUACUUACCAACUUGGGUCCAAAAACGAGUCUGUACAAAAUGACGUUCUUGAAAGAAUCACAGAAUAUUGUGGAAAGCCGGUAACAAAUUAUACAACUGAUACAUUUGAAGAACCAUAUACUUGGACAUUUUACCACGCGUUCUUUUUCUCCUUCACGGUUCUUUCAACUGUAGGCUAUGGAAAUCUUGCACCAACAACAACCCUUGGCCGUACAAUAAUGAUUGCAUAUUCCCUUAUAGGUAUACCCAUCAAUGGUAUUUUAUUUUCGGGUUUGGGAGAUUUUUUCAGUAAAACGUUUAUUUCAAUCUAUACACGAUAUAAGAAUUAUAAGAUAACGAAUGAUAUUCGUUAUGUUCCUCCACAACUGAGUUUGCUUGCAACGGUUUGUAUAGCAUUAGUUCCGGGCAUAACCUUUUCCAUUAUUUUGCCGUCGUUAAUGUUUUCCUAUUUUGAAAAUUGGUCUUUUGCAACAUCGGUGUAUUAUUCUUAUGUUACUAUGACAACGAUUGGAUUUGGUGAUUUUGUGCCAACCUUUCAACCGCAUCAACCUCGCAAGUUUGGAGGACUAUUUACUGUUUAUCAAAUAUUUAUUAUAGUUUGGUUUAUAUUCUCAUUGGGAUAUCUUGUUAUGAUUAUGACAUUCAUUAGCAAAGGCCUUCGAAGUAAAAAGCUAGCAAUGCUUGAAUAUCAGCUAUCGGAAAACAUCAAAGCUACGCAGAAUCGCAUAUGGAGCGGAGUCACAAAGGAUGUUGGCUACUUAAGGCGAAUCCUAAAUGAGCUUUAUAUAAUUAAAUUUAAGCCAGUAUACAAUGAGCCAUUAUACUUAACAGAAAAACGUUCGAUAUCAUGUCCUGAUCUGAGCAUGUAUCGAAUGGAUGCGCCAAUUAUUCACAGAAAAAGGGCAUUCUCGGAGUGUAUUGGUGCAAUGGAUCAACCUCUGAGUGGCUCACCGCCAUAUAGAACAUCAUCCGAUACAGAAUUGAGCAAUAUAAAUAAACAAAAGACAUUUGAAACUGCUGAAAAUUUCAAACAAACAACAGAACUUUUGGCACAAGUUGUAAAUGCUUUGGCAAGCAUACGACCACCCGAAGGCGAAGCUACCAUUCAUUCAACUGGAUUCGAUGGUGGUUAUCAUGGGCUUAAUGAUUCACAGAUUUUGUCAAGCGAAUGGUCAUUUCAAACGGGAAUGGACACCAUACCGAAAAGAGGACGUGCAUUUUCUGAUUUUAAUCUUAAUUUCAAGCCAAAUGUUAUACAUCCAUUGUCAAAUGAAUGGACAUGGAGUGGUGAUAAUGUUCAAAUCCAACAAGCAAUCAAUACGCGCUUCAGGAAAAAACGGCAAUCACCAGAAGAAAAUUACAAGACAAUGUACACAAAUCCAUAUCCAGGUGGUGUUGUUGGUGAUAUUGAUGAUCCAGGUACAAGCAAGCCACGUAGAAAAUUCUCUGUGUCCGAAGGAGGCAAGCAACUGCUGCGCAAAUUGAAUCCAUUUAGAAAGCGUUCAUCUCAGGGUUUCAUAGAUGCCAACAGUAUUUCAGAUAGAAAAUUCUCAAUAGCCAGUGUACCCGAGGUUCCUGAUUGGAUAACUUCGAGGCAAGACUACUAUAGUACCAUAAAUGUUUGUCAAUCCAAUGAAAAAAACAAAACAUCGGUUACGGAUGGUAUGAUGGGAAUUGGUACAGAUGCUGGUGAAUCCAAUGUCUUCAAUCGGAAGAGUGCAGGUUUUGGAAUUGACGAAAAUGAAGCCACAAACAACCCACAACCAAUGUUUCCACCUGAUGGAAGAGCGAAAAAGCGCCGCGAAAGUUUAUUCACACAAAAUCCAAACAUGCGCCGAGGUAGUAUGUUUAAUACCACCGCUACUGCAAACCGUCGAGGAAGCCUUUUCGUAAAUCAACCAUCGAGAAACAUGAAUAGAGGAGCAAAUCGACGCACAAGUCUUUUUUCAGAGGACAAUGAAGAAGCCUCGAAUCAUGAAAUUCUUGAAAAUACCACAAUAGCUGAUUUAAUUCGAGCUCUCGAGGUUAUGCAUACUCAAGCCGUACUAGGUCAACCGAUGGAAGAGAAUAGCAACGAUCAAAAGAACCGAAAGUAUGGCACAGCAGGAAUUGCCCCAUCAUCUCUUCCUCCUUUCAUGUCAAUAUUAAAUCCAGAAGAAAAGCCGCCGACAGCGGGAAAUAGAUACCAGCGACGUUCGACGAUUAUCGGUACUCCAUCUUUUCCUAGCACCACAUCCAAUAUAUUAAAUCAACGUCAACAAACUAAUGUACCAUCUAUUAGUCUUAACGAACCUCCACCAAGCUACUCUGAGAAGCCAACAGUAAAGUUUAAUAGACGCUUCAGCGUACGCCCUACGAAUCUGCACACUCCACCAGGGAUGGCAGGAAUUCCUAGUUUUAACAUUCCCAGUAGCCAAAAUGCACCACAAAGUGCUGUACAAAGAAGACUCUCUCUAAAGCCAUCACCUCUAUCCAUAGAUGCCAGCCAUGCCCCUUCAACUUUGACCAACAGAGGAUUUUUGACCUCCAGAGGUGCAGCGGCUCCCAGCAGCAGUAGUACACAUUCUCCAUUAUCACGAAUCGUUCAAAUAUCAGAAGCACAGCGAAAGAAUAGUGAACAAAGAGAAAGAGAUUCGAAGUAGUGAAUUAAGUUAAAGUGUUAUUUUAUUUCUUAAUUUUUUCGAAGUAUGGUAUUUACAUGAACUUUUUUUUUGAGUCGAAGAUUCUUAUUCGAAAGACAUAAGAUAGUCGACAAAUUUUCUAUUUCAUUUUCUUCUUAACUUAAGGAAUUUCAAAGAGAGUUUUCAAGAGAAUCUUCAUGUAAAUCCAGACUAACUAUCCGAAGAUGAUAGGCCUUUAAUCAAGACAUUUAAAAGAUAUAGUAUUUUUGAUAGAUUUAUAAGUACCUAGGCUUUAUUGGCAGUUAUAAACCUAAAUGUACCUAUUAUUACCAACCAACUGUUAAUUAUUAUACACACAAAUCAGAACCAUUGAAUGGUAUUAAACGUAAAUAUAUAUUUUGCAAAAAAGUGUA